AUGAAAAAAUAUUGUAAAAUCAAGAAUAUUUUUUUCAAGCUUUUUCUCUUAAUUUUUAAGCAGUAUCUAUACUAUAGAAUAACUAAAAAAGGGACUUGUGAAUUAAAUAAUUUUAUUUAUUAUAUAUUCUGUUACUUUUUCCAACAAAUAAUUACUAAGUGUAGGAUAUUUAAAUUUUUCAGCAUUUGUAGAUUAAAUCUAUAAGAAAAAGGCUUAAGUUAAUAUUUAGGUGAAUGACAGAAUUUUAGGUUCAAGAGAUAAUGAUUGCUUAAUAUUCCACAUAUUUUCUACACGAUUAAAAUUGCAAUUAGGAAGUAAUUUAACAAAAAAGAGGAAAAUUAAGAUUAUUUUGAGCUUAAAAAAAUAUAGAAAAGAUAUUUACUUCUAAUUCAGAGGCUCCUAUUAAUUUAGGCUAUUGAGAGUCUAAUAUGGAUAUAGCUAAAAUAUUAAGAUUCCUUCUAUGACAAAUAUAAUUCAAUAAUUAAUAGAGUAAUGGGAUAAAAAGAAUGAAAUCAAUUUUUUUAAGUUAGCUUUAAAUAUGAUUUAGGAAAUUGAGACCUAAUUCAGUGAUAUCAAUAACUAAUUUAAAGACAUCUUCUCUUAGAAUACCUCAGUUUAUUAAUACCAAACUUUUACUGAUAAAAAAGCUUCUUGA